AACGAGUCUUCUGGCCGGGCUCUAUUUUACGUGAUAUCUGCUCAAGCUGACAUCUAUUUUCCUGGUGCGGGACUCGUUGAUUUAAAGGGGAACUAUGGCAUGUGGAGCGACGCUCAAGCGCUCGAUGGAGUUCGAGGCCCUAAUGAGCCCGCAGUCUCCCAAGCGGCGCCGGUGCGCUCCUUUGCCCGGAUCACCGGCCACCCCGUCUCCCCAGCGAUGUGGCAUAAGGCCCGAAAUGCAGCAGGGCCAGCAACAGCCGCUUCCCCAACUGGGAGGGGACCGUAGGCUUACUCCUGAACAAAUCUUACAGAACAUAAAGCAAGAGUAUACCCGUUAUCAGAGACGAAGGCAGUUAGAAGGAGCAUUCAAUCAAAGUGAAGCUGGGGUUUCGAAUGAGGUACAAGCCAGCUGUUCAUCUCUCACAGCUCCCUCAUCUCCAGGUUCACUGGUAAAGAAAGACCAACCGACUUUUAGCUUGCGACAAGUGGGAAUACUUUGUGAGCGACUUCUGAAGGACCAUGAGGACAAAAUCAGGGAAGAAUAUGAGCAAAUACUUAACAUAAAACUAGCAGAACAAUAUGAAUCUUUUGUGAAGUUCACACAUGACCAGAUCAUGCGACGGUACGGAGCAAGGCCUGCAAGCUAUGUGUCUUGAGGUUUCCAUUUGCCACCUGGAUUCCAGCUUCGACUUCAAGUUUAUGGCUGCUCCACUUUCUUGCCACCUAUGAGGUGCCACCGUUUUUUUUUUUUUUUUUUUUUGUUUUUUCAAUUGGUCAUGUUCUGAGGAUUUUAACACACUCAUUGGCUGCCGUCUGCUGUCUGAAAAAAAUCCCUGAAUGGACCUUUAGUUUCAUUUUGUUUUUGAUACCGCUCACUAAAUAAAAGUGACUGUAAUCUGCCACAUUGUAUUUGUUAGAAGGCUUUAACCAGCUUCAUCUUAUCACAUCCUGCCCUUUUAUGGCACAUGGACCAUUUCUUUAAAUGGAGUGACUUGUUUUAUCUUUUUUUUUUUCAUUUUAUUUACCUCUGAAUAUUUAAUUAAGAGGAUUUUUAAACUGUGUUUGAUGCACUACAAUUAAGUUUUAAACACAUUUUAUGGUCCGUAAAGGAUAGCGGGUGUAAGGACCACGCAGGAUUUAACUUUGGCGUAUUUAGUGAAUAGUGAUUGUAAAUUGGUUGCUUUAUACUACAGCCAUCCUCUUUGUUCUGAAAUCUGUAUGGAACUCCUUAUUUUAUAUUCUUUGUUUCAGACAGAAGAUUGUUUUAUGAAGUUUAUACUUUAAUAACUGCUAAGAAACUGAAGCCUGUCUAGUUAAAAGGUUUUAUAAUUCUCUUGGCAUGCAAAUGUGGAGUGUUUGUUCAUAUGGGCUGCACAGAUAAGUGUCAUUUCUCUUAUGGGGGGGGGGGGGAGGAGGGGGUGGCAGUUCCUGGGAAUUCAUGUACACAGAGCCUUUCUAUAAUAUUGUGCCUCUAGUGUCCUUUUGUGGCAAUUACCACUUAUGUUUGGUGGCUGAAAACUGGGCCAAGUCAUUUGUCUAUUUUGAUUGGUUGGUAAGGGAAGAGUGCAUAGCUUGCUUAUUUGCACAUCAUUUGCUGUAAUGAAAUGUCAGUCUGUAGGACAUUUUAUUAUUUCUAAAUAAAGAAGAUUAAGUGGCAGUGUUUAAAGUUAGGAGUUGAUGUAUGCAAGAUCUUCACCCUUGUCUUAAUUUUUUAAUUUGACUUCUUACAGUUUGCCAUUCAGUCAAGUCACCUAGUCUCCACUGCCACCACACAGUUCAGCAUUUCCACUUAUAAGCUGAAUGACAAAACCAUGUAAAUUCUGUUUAAUUUUAUGGGUUAAAGGAAAGGCCUCCAUCUGUACAGAAUGUCUGCAUGUUAAUAUUGACAUUUUAUAACUAAUGUGCUGUACAAAUAUUAGCAUAAAGGAACUCAAAUCUACCUGGAAAACUGCUUUAUCUAAAAGUUUGACAAUAAAAUGUGUUGCUAUAUUGUUAAUGAAA